CUUUUUUUUGGUUAUUUUCGUCGACUUGUCCAGGUCGCUUCGCAGAGGAAUAACAAAAUAAGGAAAGGAGCAGAGGCGAAAUGUGUGACGCCGCGAGCCCAAUGAAGCCUUGGCAGCUUUGCCCAAUGGCUUAUGGGAAGGGGAUUUCGGCGCUGUGCCUGCUGCAUCAGGAAAUCGAGCAUUUCUACAAAUAUAUCCAACCGACGCCAACAGAAAUCUGUCUACGUGCGGAGGCAGUGCGUCGCGUCGAGGACGUUUUGCUCUCCAUGUGGCCAUGCGCAUGCGUGGAUAUCUUCGGCUCAUUCCGCACCGGCUUGAACCUGCCCAUCUCGGAUAUCGACCUGGUCGUUCAUCUUGGUAGAUACUGGAGUCCGGCGCUGCUGCAUCACCUGGAGCGCCAGUUGGUGGCCCGCGAUGUGACGGAUCCGGUGACUGUCACUGUGUUGGACAAGGCCUCGGUGCCAGUGGUCAAAUUCACGGAGCGCGUCUCGCAGAUCAAGUUCGAUGUGUCGUUCAAUGGGGCUGUGUCCGGAGUCCAGGCCGCCAACCAUAAAGACUUUAUCCGGCAAUUCCCCGAGUUGCCCAAGCUUGUUAUGGUGCUGAAGCAGUUCCUCCGCCUGCAUGGCCUCAACGAGGUGUAUAGCACCGGCGGCGUCUCCUCCUACGCGCUGACACUCAUGUGCGUCAGCUUCCUGCAGCAGCAGGCGCACAACAACAAGAAGUACAGCAACAGCAACAAGCUGGGCCAGAUGCUCCUGCAAUUCCUCGACUACUAUGGCCGGAAGUUUGACUUCCUGAAGUACUCCAUCUCGGUACUUAGCGACGGUGGUCGCGUGGAGAAGGAACGCCUGCGAUCAACGCUGGGCGGAAAUAACUGGCAAUCGGUGCUCAGCAUCGAGGACCCGGUGACGCCCACCAACGAUAUAGGGCGGAGCUCGUAUGCAGCGCUGCAUGUGAUACAGGGAUUCGAGGCCGCCUUCCUUAAGCUCUCCAAGCUGGUGGACUCCGACCCGUCAAAGAUAAAGGGCCCCAUUCUGAGCAGUAUUUUGGAUGUGCCACCGGAAGUGAUCAGUUAUCGCGCUUGGGUGCAAUACAACUUCCAGCACAUUCUGCCUCCCCGAAGCAGUCUCAGUUCCAGCUCCAGUUCCGUUUCCGAAUGCCACCCAGCGUAUCCCAAGCCGUGCAACUCAGUUUCCGGCACAGAAGAAGACGAAAGGGACAACCGCCAAGGAUACCACCGAUGAGGAGGAGAUUGGUGGUCCGUCCCGAAGAUUAGACAUAGUUAGCUUUAGUUGGAUUACGUUUAUAUUAGUUCUACAUCGUGUUCUUUUAAAUAUUUAGCAUAAUAACCUUUUCGGUUCACUUUUAUGCAUGGCAUAUGUAAGAGCUGUAUGUAUUUUUAGGCUAGCAUUAGCGUACAUAGAUACAGCACAUAUAUACAUUGUCUUUAAAUAUACAUUAAAUAAAUCCCGACUUGAAAGAUUUAAAACUUUAA